GCAAAGAAGAGAGUCUCUUCCUCUCAUGAUGAAUUCCUCUUUUUAUCUGCACACCUUGGAUGUCAACUUGAGCUUUUUGGGAGGCAACAUGUCAGGACCCAUGAUCAAGAGCAAGUCAUCACCCUGUGAGCAAGUGGGCAUAGCUGUUGAGGUGUUCCUGACUCUUGGUAUCAUCAGCCUGUUGGAGAACAUUUUAGUCAUCGGUGCCAUAGUUAAGAACAAAAACUUGCACUCUCCCAUGUAUUUCUUUGUAUGCAAUUUAGCUGUUGCAGACAUGCUUGUGAGUGUGUCCAAUGCCUGGGAGACCAUCACAAUAUACUUAAUAAACAAUAAGCAUCUGGUGAUGGAAGAUGCUUUUGUGCGCCAUAUAGACAAUGUAUUUGAUUCUAUGAUCUGCAUCUCUGUGGUGGCCUCCAUGUGUAGUUUGUUGGCCAUCGCAGUGGACAGGUAUGUCACCAUCUUCUAUGCCCUGCGCUACCACAACAUCAUGACAGUGAAGCGAUCAGGGGUCAUCAUUGCAUGUAUCUGGGCCUUUUGCACUGGUUGUGGCAUCAUCUUCAUCCUUCAUUAUGAGUCUACUUAUGUCAUCAUUUGUCUCAUUACCAUGUUUUUCACCAUGCUGUUCCUUAUGGUAUCUCUAUAUAUCCAUAUGUUUCUCCUGGCUCGGACUCAUGUGAAGCAGAUUGCAGCCCUGUCUGGCUAUAGUUCGGUCCGGCAGAGGAUCAGCAUGAAGGGGGCCAUCACCCUGACAAUGUUACUUGGUGUUUUCAUUGUUUGCUGGGCUCCAUUUUUCCUCCACCUCAUCCUAAUGAUUUCGUGUCCCCAGAACCUUUACUGUGUUUGCUUCAUGUCCCACUUCAACAUGUACCUCAUACUCAUCAUGUGUAACUCUGUGAUUGACCCUCUGAUCUAUGCCUUCCGCAGCCAGGAGAUGAGGAAGACCUUCAAAGAAAUUAUUUGUUGCUAUGGACUAAGAAUGACCUGUGGGUUCCCUAUCAAGUAUUAA